AUGCAGCUCAACACACGCUUCGGCAACGGCAGCUCGACAAGUCUUGUUGCGCCCAGCCCUGUAAACGCAGAUGGCAACAGACCCGGUACACCUACACGUCCUGGAACCGCUGUGUCAACAAGAGAGCCUCCGAACCCGUUUAAUAUUCACUUUGGAAAGGAUUCUGUCAGCAGUAUACCCUCAACGCCCCACGACGAUCUCGCGAGCCACCCUGAAACCUUCGAAUUUAAUCUCGGAACCGAAAUCAAGGAAGUCAGGACAAGGAGUCCCGUUCCCACAACCAACAAUGGAUAUCCAUCUCCUCCGCCUUCCAUCGUUAACGCUGAGCGACCCUUCUCUCCCGACAACCGACCUUCGAGCAGCCGUCAAAACGUGCCCACCGCACCCACUCUCCAGAAGCCUAGCGCUGCCGGUCCUAUGUCUCUGCCCAGCCCAGCUGUCUCGGUUGCGCGAAGCGAGGAUACCUGGGAGUCUCCUGUGAUCCGUAACGUCUCAGCUAAGCGCGACACAUUCACAUUCCACAUGCCUAGAAAAUCGAGCUUUACCAUGGAGACCGACCCUCGUGAUACCCCCAAGCCCAUGGCUGAAGGCCUUGCUGGAAACUUUGCUGGGUUCGACUUUGGUGAGACUGUCAGGAAGGGCAGUAUCGGAGGCAAGAGCAUCGACACAGCAAGCGAAGGCAGAGACAGCCAGCCCUCUUGGAAACGCAAGAACCGCGAGCCCUCUCAGGACUAUGCAGUCAAGUCCUAG